UUGGCAAGGUUCCACCGGUCGUUCGUUCUUCCGGCCAUUUUUUCCACGUCCGCUGUGCUGACCAGCUGGACUCGUUGUACAUAUAUCGACUUGCGCACGUGAGGCUCGCAGUCGACCCUACGUCACCUGAUCCCAGAGCGACUCUACUCCCAAGCAACAAUCCACAGUCCAACGCGACAAUCCAAAGCGACAACCCCCAAGAGCGACUGCCACGCCCCUGACGCGACAACUCCCUUGCGACAAUGGACAUCGACGAAUCCAGGAAGUAUGACGGCUACGUCAACAACUCCCCAAAGGGCACAGAACCGGGCGAGAAGGUCUACGACGAUGUGCAACAUGGUGAGCUUCGCGACAACUCAGACGAGCUACAACGUCACCUUGGUAACCGCCAAAUUCAAUUGAUCGCCAUUGGAGGUUCCAUUGGCACGGCUCUCUUCGUCAGUAUUGGAGGUGCCCUUAACAAAGCGGGCCCUGCUUCGUUGUUCAUGGCGUACACCUUCUACUCGCUCGUCAUGGCCAUGGUCAACAAUUCCAUCGCCGAGAUGUCCACGUACAUGCCGGUGAGCGGUGGCUUUGUCAGACUCGCUGGUCACUGGGUGGAUGAAGCUUUGGGCUUCACAGCUGGUUGGAAUUUCUUCCUCUACGAAGCAUUGCUUAUCCCCUUUGAGAUCACCGCCCUGCACACUGUGCUUGGUUUUUGGAGGGACGACAUUCCCAUUUGGGGUGUGGCCAUCGCUGUAAUCGUUCUUUACGGAGCUUGCAAUGUUCUAGCUGUCCAGGCAUACGGUGAGGCCGAAUUCUGGCUGUCCGGUGGCAAGGUCAUCUUAAUCAUCAUGCUCUACUGCUUCACCUUUAUCACAAUGGUGGGCGGCAACCCCAGGAACGAUGCCUACGGUUUCCGCUAUUGGAACAAGCCUGGAGCAAUGCACGCAUAUCUUGCAGAGGGUACUAAGGGUGAAUUCGAAGGCUUUUUGGCUGCUCUGUGGGCUGCUUCCUUCUGCAUUGUGGGCCCCGAGUACAUCUCCAUGGUUGCUGGAGAAGCGAAACGCCCGCGAACCUACAUCAAAAACGCGUACAAGACUGUCUACUGGCGAUACGGCAUCUUUUUCAUCGUCGGAGCCCUAUGCACUGGCAUCGUCGUCCCGUACAACGACCCGCAGCUGGACGCUGUCAACAACGGUGGUGAAGGCGCCGGAACGGCAGCCGCUUCUCCCUAUGUCAUCGCCAUGAGGAACCUGGGCAUUUCAGUGCUUCCAGACUUGACAAACGCUCUCCUUGUUACCAGCAUCUUCUCCGCAGGCAACACAUACACAUAUGCCGCCAGCCGAAGCUUGUACUCUCUCUCUGUGCAAGGCCACGCCCCGAGGUUCCUGCGUAAGUGCACCAAGCAAGGUGUACCGAUCUGGUGCUUCGCCAUCACUAUGUGCUUCCCAUUCCUGUCCUUCUUGGCAGUCUCGAGCGCUAGUAACGAGGUGCUGACAUGGCUUGUCGGUCUGCUCACAGCGAGUGGCCUCAUCGACUUCAUCAUCAUGAUGAUCACCUACAUCGCUUUCUACAAGGCCACAGUCGCUCAGGGUAUCGAUCGGAGGACUCUCCCGUACCGCGGCUAUUUCCAGCCUUACCAGACUUAUUUUGCUCUGGCCUUCGAGGUGAUUGUUGUCUUCGUCAGCGGCUAUCGCGUCUUCCUGCCGGGCAACUUCACUUACGAUGUCUUCUUUACGACCUACACUAUGGUCGGUGUUGCGCCCUGCCUUUACGUAUUCUGGAAGCUGUUCAAGAAGACCAAGAUUAUUCCUUCUAAGGAGGUUGACUUGGUUUGGGACGCACCUCUUAUCGAUGCCUACGAGGCGUCGUUCAUCUCGCCUCCUACCGGCUUCUGGACAGAGAUGAUACAACUCGUUGGCUUCCGCCGUGGUGUCAGGGACGAUGUCCGCAAUGUUUGAGUAUGAUCUACGGAUCUGGCGGUUGGGUUUGAUUUGAAUGGUUAUCCCACCAACAACAAUACAUGGUUCAUGGCCGGCCAUUCCAGCGUUCACUGGAGGCUAUAUGACACAUGAAAAUAUACCCAAUUUCUUA